UGACAUAAUUGAAGGGUAUAAGGAAGAGAUGAAAAAGCUAGCAGGGAGAUUGACGUGGUUGAUGCUGGGCUCCUUGGGGAUAACCAAAGAAGACAUCACAUGGGCUGGCCCAAGAGCCGAUUUAGAAGAAACUUCUGCGGCUCUGCAACUCAACAAUUACCCAGCUUGUCCUGACCCGGACCGAGCCAUGGGUCUAGCCGCUCACACUGACUCAACCCUGCUCACCAUUCUCUACCAGAACAACAUCAGCGGACUCCAGGUGCUGAAACAAGGAAAAGGGUGGGUGAAAGUGGAACCAGAGCCGAAUGGACUCGUGAUCAACAUCGGAGAUCUUCUCCACAUUCUUUCAAACGGGCAGUACCCGAGUGUGAUCCACCGGGCCAUGGUGAACCGGACUCGACCCAGACUCUCUUUUGCUUAUCUGUACGGACCACCGACGAACACUGAGAUAUCGCCGCUGGAGAAACUGUUGGGUCCUAACCAGCCAGCUCUUUACCGGCCGAUUACAUGGAGUAAAUACUUGAGGAUCAAAGGAAAGAUUUUCAACAAUGCACUCUCGUGGAUCAGGGUUGAUGGGUCGGUCAAAGUCAAUGAAGAAGACAACAGCGUACUAGUAGGAUAA